GGUCAGGGCGCACUCACCUGUCGGUCAAGCUCUCAGGGGUAGAAUCUUCCAACUGAGGUGUAAACCUCCUGAGACUAAACCAGAUAUUGCCCAGAACUGUCCAGAGAGGUUCCCUCGAGGAAUUCUCCCUCCAUGGCACUUCCCCCGCUAUUUCCGCUGGGAAACCGGAAGUCCCUCCCCAAUGCCGGAAGCGCAGAGGCCUUACUUCCUCAGAGUCUUUCUAGACGCAGUGGAGACUGGUUUCCGGCCCCGGGUGGGCGCGGACUUGGCUCGGUGCGCGCUCCGGAGCUGUGUCCCGGGAGCGCGGUCCUGCGGGCCGCUUGCGCGGGGAUCCGGGGCUGCGGCCGCGCCAGGAGAGCGCCGAUCUGGGUGCCAGGCAGGUGCAAGGCCAUGAACGGCACGGCGAACCCGCUGCUGGAUCGAGAGGAACACUGCCUGAGGCUGGGGGAGAGCUUCGAGAAGCGGCCGCGGACCUCCUUCCACACCAUUCGCUAUGAUUUUAAGCCAGCAUCGAUAGAUACCUCCUGUGAAGGAGAGCUCCAGGUUGGCAAAGGAGAUGAAGUCACAAUUACACUGCCACAUAUCCCUGGGUCCACACCACCAAUGACCGUGUUCAAAGGGAACAAACGGCCUUAUCAGAAAGACUGUGUGCUCAUUAUCAAUCAUGACACUGGAGAGUAUGUGCUGGAGAAGCUCAGCAGCAGCAUUCAGGUCAAGAAGACGAGAGCUGAGGGGAGCAGUAAAAUCCAAGCCCGAAUGGAACAGCAGCCUACUCGUCCCCCACAGCCAUCACAGCCACCCCCUCCUCCACCACCCAUGCCGUUCCGAGCCCCAACAAAGCCUCCAGCUGGACCCAAAACUUCUCCCUUGAAGGAUAACCCCUCACCUGAGCCCCAGCUGGAUGACAUCAAAAGAGAGCUGAGGGCUGAGGUGGACGUUAUUGAGCAGAUGAGCAGCAGCAGCGGCAGCGGCAGCAGCUCCUCCGACUCGGAGAGCUCCUCGGCCAGUGACGACGAUGACAGCUCCAGCAGCGGGCCGGAGGACAGUGGCCCGGCCUCUCCUCCGCAGCCUUCACACCAGCAGGCCUCCAACAGCAGGCCUGCAGUGGCCAACGGAACCAGCCGGCCCCAAGGAAGCUCUCAGCUCAUGAAUACGCUCAGAAAUGACUUGCAGUUAAGUGAGUCUGGCAGUGACAGUGAUGACUAGCACUGGCUUUUGAAAUCUACUUUCUGGUACGCAGACAUGCUGCAAGACCCAGCUACUUCUGCCGGGACUCUACGCCACAGGAGGAUGUUGCGAAGCAGAGCCUGUAGGAGGAGUUAAGGCCUGGAAGCAUUCAGAUACUCAGUCUUUAACUUGGUGGUGGUGGUGGGUGAUUUUCUCAUGUAAUUCUUGAACAAUCUCUUGUUUCAGAGUUUAAGUAGAUCUAUAGGAGAACUAACGGAAUUCUGUUUCCCUGUGGUUAACAUUAUUAAUGAAAAAUCGAACAAUG